AUGAAACUAUUAAACCAUCAAAGUCUCAUAGUCAUUGCCUCAGUUUUUUUCGUUCUGAUUCUAUUUUCCUGGACCCGGGGAAGACUGAGCCUCUCAAUGGACUUAGAAUGUGAGCAAAGAGGGAUCAUUCAAAAUACCACAGAGCAGUCUCUGAAAACCUCCAUAAGUUCAUCACAAAAGGUAGAGAAGGAACUUCUUGUUCUCGUGUGGGUAUGGCCCUUUGCAACACCUUUUCCUUUAGACACUUGUCAGAGGGUAUAUGGUAUCUCUGGAUGCAAACUAACAGCUGACAGGAACCUGUAUAGCAUUGCUGAUGCUGUUGUUAUGCACCAUGUGGACAUAAUGUAUGACAGGAAGUCUUUGCCACAAAAACCACGGCCUCUUUAUCAACGUUGGGUAUGGUUCAACAUGGAACCACCAUUGAUUAUCACAAAUCUUCAUUUCUUGGAUAAUCUAUUUAAUAUGACUAUGACUUUCCGCCAAGACUCCGAUGUCUAUAGACCCUAUGGUCGAAUUGAAGCUUUAAAGAAACCUCAGAGCUUCUCAAUCCCUGCCAAGACUAAACUGGUUGCUUGGGUGAUUAGUCAGUGGUACCCAGGUGCCAGACGUAAUAUAUAUUAUGAGAAACUUAAAGAAUAUCUUCCAAUUGAUGUCUAUGGGAAGAAGCACAUGAAACUGUCUUGGGAUGACUUCUAUCAAACUAUCUCCAAAUACAAAUUUUACUUGGCGUUUGAGAAUUCAAUCUAUAAGGAUUAUAUCACUGAAAAGCUGUGGUCAAAUGCUUUCGAUUCAUGGGCUGUACCUGUUGUAUUGGGGACAUCUCGGAAAAAUUAUGAGCGUUUCCUUCCUGGAGAUGCCUUCAUUCAUGUAGAUGAUUUCUCAAGCCCAAAGGAACUAGCUUCCUAUCUUCUUGAGCUAGACCAGGAUGAAGAGAGAUACAAAAAGUAUUUUUACUGGAGAUCUCACUACCGCGUGAGAAGAGAAACAGGAUGGGACAACCACUACUGCAAAGCCUGCCGAGCGCUUCAGCAGGCUCCAGAUUACCAAGUUAUCCAGAGUAUAGAAAAGUGGUUUUUGGAGAACAGAUAA